GUGCAGAACAUGUCACAGUCGAUCGAGGUGCUGAACCUGCGGACGCAGCGAGACUUUCAGUACAUCAUGAGGAUGGAGAGCCAGAUCAAAGGACUGCGGUCAAAGUUUCGGCAGAUCGAGGCAGACAGGAAGACGCUCGUCAACAAAAACUUUCAGGAGCUGAAGGGAAAGAUGGAAUCCCUGCAGCCUCUGAUUCCUGUCCUUGAGCAGUACAAGACAGAUGCCAAGCUCAUCUCCGUGUUUAAAGAGGAGAUCAGGAACCUGUCUGGGGUGUUAAUGGGCAUCCAGGAGGAGAUGGGGGCCUACGACUAUGACGAGCUGCAGCAAAAGGUCCUAAACCUGGAGAACAGACUCCACAGCUGCAUGAAUAAACUCACAUGUGGCAAGCUGAUGAAGAUCACGGGACCACUGACAGUGAAGACUUCAGGGACCAGAUUUGGAGCCUGGAUGACAGAUCCACUAGCUUCUCCUAAAAAUAAUCGGGUUUGGUACAUGGACAGCUAUACCAACAACAAGAUAGUCAAAGAGUACAAAUCCAUAGCUGACUUUGUGGCAGGAGUUGAAUCCAGAACUUACAAUCUGCCUUUCAAAUGGGCCGGAACCAACCACGUGGUGUACAACGGCUCCUUGUACUACAAUAAGAUGCAGAGCAACAUCAUCGUUAGGUACAGCUUUGAGACAGGACGUGUGAUAACGCAGAGGGCGCUGGAGUCGGCAGGUUUCCAUAACGUGUACCCGUACACCUGGGGAGGGUUCUCAGACAUCGACCUGAUGGCAGAUGAGCUGGGCCUGUGGGCUGUGUAUGCCACCAACCAAAACGCGGGGAACAUCGUCAUCAGCAAGCUGAACCCAGACACGCUCCAAAUCACCAACACGUGGAACACAGAGUACUCGAAGAGGAACGCCGGCGAGUCUUUCAUGAUCUGUGGAACUCUCUACAUCACCAACUCUCACCUGACCGGUGCCAAGGUGUACUACGCCUACUCCACCAAAACGUCCACGUAUGAAUACACAGACAUUCCCUUCCACAACCAGUACUUCCACAUGUCCAUGUUGGACUACAACGCCAGGGACCGUGCCCUUUAUGGUUGGAACAAUGGCCACCAGGUCCUGUUCAAUGUUACACUUUUCCACAUAAUUAAAACUGAAGAUGACUCUUAA